AUUCGCAUUCCGUUUUUGGUGGUUGCAGGUCAAAAUUUGUUUCUUCUUCGAUCAGGAAAAACAAUUACUAUGCAUUGAUCUUUUGUGAUUGUUCUAUGAAGAAAGCGUGUAUAUGUAUGUUCUAUCAUCUGCACUGGCUAUUCACCAUCUUUUCAGAGCUUUACUUUUUUAGAGAUAUGAUGAUGAGGCCUAACUCUUCCUCUUCUUCUUCGGUGCCCAAUCAGCACUUGAACCGCGUCCCACUUCCUUACACCGGAGAUAGAGUGGGAGCUCCUUCUCCCAUCCCGCCGGCGACCUUGCCACCAAACCAUUCCAUGCCGGCCAUGGAGGAGAUAACCGUCGCCGGAUUCAGCCCUUAUCUGCCUCCCUCCCCAUUCACCAUGUACCAUCCCACUUCAAGGAUGGUAGCAGGUGGCGAGAAUAUUCUACCGCCUCCUGGAAAGUCUCAUAUGCGUUCCAAUAGCGAUGAUGUCACGUUUGGGUUUAGCUCCAUGAUGCCUCAGCCUCUGAACUCGCUUCCUCCGCUGGUCCCUUCCAAGCCUCUAGAGAGAUCGAUCUCCGGAGGCCGGGAGGUGUCCGCUUUCAGGGGAAGAACAUCAGAGAGCGAAUACGAUAUUAUAAGGGCGUAUAUGGAGGAGGAGAUGGAGAGCGGUAGAGGGACGACGAGGAAGAAGACGAAUGGUGGAAGUGGCGGUGAAGGCAUUGCUUCUCCAACAUGUGGACACUACAGGAGUGUUUCCUUGGAUAGUUGUUUCUUGGGAAGGCCUUCGUCGAAUUCAGGUGAAGGUGAAGGUGCUUAUAGCGUCGAAUUUGGAGACUGCGAGUUUAGUCCGGAUGAAAUAGAGAGGAUCACCGCAGAUGAGAAACUCGCUGAGAUUGUUGUGGCUGAGCCUAAGCGUGUCAAAAGGAUACUGGCGAACCGUUUGUCUGCUGCACGCUCAAAGGAGCGGAAGAUGCUAUACACGGCAGAGUUGGAACACAAGGUGCAUACUCUUCAGCGUGAAAACGCUGCAUUAUCAGCUCACGUCACGCAUUUGCAUGGACAUUCGACGGGGUUGCAGAACCAGAACAGUGAGCUCAGGUUCCGUCUUCAAGCUAUGGAGCAGCAGGCACAUCUGCGCAAUGCUCUGUCUGAGAAACUGACUGAAGAAGUCCAGCGAUUGAGACUGUUCAUUGGCGUGCCGAGCGGCAGCGAAUCUAACAUAUCAAAGACGUCACUAAACCCGGAGAUGUUUGAGCAGCAGCUUAGGAUUAGCCAGUUACAACAUCAGCAUUCCAAUCAGAAUAAUAGCACCAUGAACGCAAAUCCUGCAUCAAAUGGAUACUUUAGCCAACUGUCUGAUGAUCCGCAGUUUCGUCAUAUAUGA